GGACGAAUCAAAAGAAACGCCGAAAAUUGUGGUGACUGCAAAACACGCUCCAAACACACGCGCAAAGGCGCAAAUUAAUUAAAAAAUCGCGAUUCUUCCGUAAAUUUGCCAGUGCAAUGCUGAAAACCGCGAAAGUUCUGUUCAGCUUCCGGUCGAAUUUCGCCUCUUCGGCUAUUUUUACAGCCACCACAGCUCGCAAGCCGAUAAUCUCGUGCCGACGCUCGCAGCACAAUCUGUUCGUGGAGCACUUCCCGCUCGGCACCGAAGGCGGAGGUGGUAAGAAAUUUGGCGAUGUCCCACUGGCAUCGGCGGGCUGGCGACACCGGAAGUCUGUUGGCGAUUACUUUAUCAUCCAUCCGGUGCAGCAGCCGUACGAAACGCAUACGCUGAGCGAUGUCCCCUUUCAACAGCUCGGGAUUCGGGAUGAGCUGGUGCAGAAUAUACGGGAGAAGGGGGUGCUGUUUCCUACCAAGUACCAAGCGGAGGGCAUUCCUACGAUUCUGAACGGAGGGCAUACACUGCUGGCGGCGGAGACCGGAUGCGGGAAAACGUACACAUAUUUGCUACCCAUUGUGGAACAGAUUCUGAGACGUAAGUUGAACUGCAGCGAGAGGGGAUUCAACACGCCGCUGAUGCUGAUUCUGACUCCUGGGAGGGAGUUGGCGCAACAGAUUGGGCGUGUUGUGGAAGGGUUGACCCAAGGGUUGGACAUUAAAACUCGAGUGUUGUUGGGCGGAAGGACCCGACAGCAGAUGAUGAAUCCCCAUUUCGAAGACAUUGAUAUUCUGGUCUCGAGCUUCGGAGCCAUCAGUAAGCUGGUAUCCAGUGGAAUCUACAGGACGGACAGUGUCCGAUGGGUCGUUUUGGACGAGGCUGACACACUUUUGGACGAUAGUUUCAAUGCCAAGCUGCUUCAUUUGAUGAAACGUUUUCCGUUCCACAAAAAUCAUCUCCAGGAUAUGGGAGAUAAUGUUCAAGGAACGCAGUUGAUUUUGGCGGCAGCCACGAUGCCCUCCAAUAUGAACGAAUUGCUCAGUCGCAUAGUGAACGUAGACACCAUAGAAGAAGUCAUCAGCCCUCAUUUGCACCGGUUGUUAUCCCACGUCACUCAACGCUUCAUGCGGAUCAAGAAAUCCGACCGACCGGGAGUCCUCCUGGAUUUACUUAGGAAAGAUGCCAAACUCAAACGUCCCACAAUCAUCUUCAGCAACAAAACGCCAACCUGUGACUUCAUUUCCAUCCACCUAAAUGAAGCGGGGAUUCCGUGUGUCAACCUGAACGGUGACAUGCUGCUCAAGAUCCGCCUCGGUCAGUUCGAGAAGUUCCAACGCGGCGAAGUGGAUGUCCUUUCGACGACCGACGUGGCCAGUCGGGGCUUGGACACGACCCGAGCCGGGCACGUGAUUAAUUUUGAUUUUCCGCUGUACGCUGCGGAUUACAUCCACCGUAUUGGUCGGAUAGGGCGCGUGGGUAGCCGAAACGAUUGUCUGGUUACGAACAUGGUCUCAAAUCAGGCGGAAAUCGGCGCUGUGCAGAGGGUGGAAUAUGCUGCUCGGACGAACAACCCGCUUGCCAAUGUGGAUGCCAAUGUCAAGGCUAUCAUCCGGCGGAGAAUUCAACGGACCUCGGAGGAAAACUCCUAGAUAAGUAUGCUUUGAUUUUUGCUUUAGUUUUUGAUAAUAAUUAUAUUCACAUCAUAUUGUACAGGAU